AUGGGUUUACAUUUGCUUUCAUGUGUCAGUGCUACAAAGCAUGUGUUUUCGAACAACAUCAAGAUGCCAUGGGAGAGAAGGUUCAUAGGUCCUUAUGACAGAGCUACGGAUGUGCACAAGGUUCCACUUCCUGUGCGUGACUUCGUUCCCAGAGAGGCUCCAGCGACAGGUGGACGUGUUGAAACUUACCUGGACAAUGCUGACACUGCAUUCAAAAAGGCUGGACUCAAGUUGCUUAAGGCAUGUGAUGAAACACUGUGGACUGACAGGUUGUCGUCUGAACGCAAGGCUGCAAUCAGAAAGUGGACAUCACUAGUGUCAUCAGAGCCGAUGGCAUGGGAAGUGGCUGUACAACACUUCAGUCAAGGGGCUAUGAUUUUUGCUUCAGGAGGGCUGAAUGAAAGCAUCAGGGACUCAUUGGCUGCCAAAGCGUCCAACACUCUGCAUGCUCGGGCAAACCCUCUUUUUCGUUUUGCGAAGUUCUGCAGUGAACAUGGCCUGAAACCGUGGCCGGUCAAGGAGGCGGUUGUCUAUGAUUUUCUCAACAGUGAUGAUGGAUUUGCCCCGACCUUCCCAAGGAGUUUUAUCAUCUCAAUCAGCUUCGCGCACCAUUUGCUGGGCUUGAAGGGUGACAUUGGGCAGAUUGCCAGUGGCAGGACAAAGGGCUUGACACACGCGUGGUUUCUCAAGAAGCGCCGAUUGGUGCAGAAGCCGCCACUGAGUGUGGAGCAAUUGGUGGCCUUGGAGAAGAUUGUUGUUGACGAAGCCAGGGGAUCGCAAGAUCGCAUAGCGGCUGGUUUCUUUGUUUUUACAACAUAUUGCAGGGCCAGAUAUUCUGAUGCCUUGAAUGUGGCUGCUUUGCGAUUGGACAUCACCUUGAGGGACGGGCACGCUCAUGGUUGGAUCGAGGCUGAUGCAGCACGAACCAAAACCGCAUCCAACUUGGAGCGCAAAACCAGGUUUUUGCCCAUGUCUGCACCGGUCAAGACGGUGAGUGGCUUGGAUUGGAGCAGGGCAUGGUUACAAUUGAGGCGUGAAGCCCGUAUGGAGGCUGCUGAAGGCAAACCACUGUUGCCGGCUCCAAACGACGGUGGGUCAUGGGCGAACGUACCGCUCAGUGCCAGUUCAGCAGGCAUUUGGCUGAGAUCUCUUUUGCAAGAUGUUGGAGGUCCCGAGCUGAGCCGCGUUGGGACACACAGCAUGAAAUGUACCCUCCUCAGCUGGUGUGCGAAGUUCGGGUUGGACCCAUCCAUUCGGAGGGCAUUGGGUUAUCAUACCUCCAGUGGUGAUAAGAGCAUCAACACCUAUGCAAGAGAUGCGAUGUCCACCCCACUGAGGGAAUUGCAGCGAGUGAUAGACUCGGUGGCCAGUGGUGCAUUUCUACCGGAUCAAACCCGGUCCGGGUACUUUGUGACAGCUGCAGCCGAGGAGUUUGAUUCCUCGAGCGAAUCCUCGGGCGACGAGGAGGAUGUUGAGGAUGCCAAAGCCGAGGAAGCCAUCGAUGCGAUCGCAGGUCAUUGGCAAGGAACUCGUGACAUAUCCUGGUCAAAAGUCGCUGCAGUCUUUUUCAGACACAGCACCAGCCGGUGCAUCCAUGUCUUGCAGGAUGAAGCAGGACUCAGUGCAGGAGUCAUUCAGCUUUUCAAAGAUGGAGGCAAAGCAACUUUGGGAAAUCUUGCAUUUGCGUCAUCUUACGUGCCUGGAAGUUCAGAUGACUCCCCAUUUACGGAUCUUGUGAAGAAGGUGCUGGGCCGUGAAGGCUCCUUAGGGGAAAUGGCCAUGAUCAGACGACUUUUCAAUGAGUCGUAUGCCGCGACCUCAGCUGAGAUGAAAACAUUGGUCGAACAGACGGACGAAGCCCCAAAUAGAAAGUUAGCUGCUGCAGAGAGGGCUGAACGGUUUUCGUCACAACAGAAGAGACUGAAAGGCAUAAACAUGCAAGGCCAGAUGGAACCUGGAGACUCACUUGUAGAUCUUGCAGUCAAUAUUUAUGAGUCUGACAGACUUCGAUACAUUCCGUGGGAAAGUUGUGUUUCAAGGGAACAUGAAAUUUUGACGUCUUCAAAAAAGGACAAUGCCUUGACUUUUGACAGCAACGGUAAUCUUAAGAUGAGCAAGCGAGAGCAUGUGUCCCCAUGUGAAGUUUCAUCGGAGUUACAGAUCAAGUACUGCCUCAUCAGACGAGGCCUUGCACUGGAACAGGGAAACGUGAUUGGUUUUGAACUGCAUGAACAAUGGGCAGAAAAAUUGAUGGCAUGCAGACUCACUGAUCCACCUUCUGGAUAUUCUAGGGUCACUUUCAAACAGUUGCAGUUGGCCGAUGCAAAGUUGUUUGUGGUGCUUGGUGAGAGAACCCGCAUGGGCUUGAAGGUGACACAGGAUGGCAGGCCAUGUGACAAGGUCUUCAAGGCGGUCAUGGAAUGUCCCGAGGUUCAACAUCUUUUGCAGCCGAUGCCUCAGGCGUCACAUACACCUGGCAAGACGGGCGAGAAGGGCGGUGCACCACCAGUCAAGCGCACCAUUGACAAACCAAGUCCGUCCAAAGGCAUUGGAAAGAAGGGUAAAUCAGGAGAAACGGCAGUCUCACAAGUGGAUGACAAACGACCCCGAAAGGAGUCAAUUUUUAGGGAACUUGGUGUGCCGAGCUUAGAAAAUGAGACGGUCUUCAUCGAGCUUUGUGCAGGUAGCGGCAUCCUCAGUUCUACUGCCGAAAGGGCAAGAGAGAUUCAAUUGAAGGGCGUUUGGAGCCCACCACCGCUUCGAGAUGCCGCCCACCCAAUGGGCUUGCCAUGGAACUCACCGUCAGAUGCCAAGAAGGUGGAAGCGGCGAACAGUUUGUACGAGAGAGCAUUCAAAUUUGCGUUAAUGCUGGUGACAUUGGGCCACAUCAUCACGAUAGAGAAUCCCACGCGUAAUUUUACAGCAGUCCCCGAGGGUCCAGGUGUGGAGAACGGUGAGUCGAAACAGCUUUACAGGCUGCAGAAGAUUUUGGAAUGGAGGCGCAUGCGAUGUGAACUUGAAUCAGAGGAAAAAGCUUUGCAUGCCAGGAUACCUCACCACUUGCAACAUUUAGUGAAGGACAAACAGUUUCUGCUCCUCAGACAGCUUGCGCAAGACAUUGGAUGGCCUGACACAGAAAUACACAAGGAGAUGUUGGAGGGCUUCCGUCUUGUGGGUAAGGGCACCAAGUCUGGAGUGUUCAAAUCUGAAGUCAAAGCUGCAGCAAUGACUGAAAUGGACCUCAUGGAAAAAGCAAAGUUUCUCAGGCCUUUAAUUUUGGGAAAGAUUGCGAACUCAAAAGCGCCGGACUACCUGACUGAACUGCACAACAUUACAGACAACGAAGCAGGCGACAAAGGGUGGCUGGAAGGCCCGAUGUCUGCUGGACAAGUGAGCGAACUGCUGGGAGAUGUGUGGUUGCCGGUACAAAGGUUCGCCGUCAGACAGAAAAACAAACUGAGGCCCAUAGACAAUUUUGCUGAAAACCGGGUCAAUGAAGCUUGGGAAUGUCCCGAAAAGAUCGAUUUGCAUGCUUUGGACCAGCUCACUUGGUUAAUUUCUAUUGUUUGCAAGGUUGCCGCAGCCAGGGGCGUCAUUGAGAUCCCGUUGAAGAAUGGUGAGCGCUUGAGUGGUAAGCUGCAUGAGGCCUGGAACAUGGAAAGCCUCAAGUGUUUGAUCAGCACCCUGGACUUGAAAGACGCUUACAAACAAUUUGGCAUCCACAAGGAUGACAGGUGCAAAUCGGUUGUCAGCUUGAAACGUUUGGACGGCAAAGGGACGACACACUAUGUGAUGAACUGCUUGCCGUUUGGGGCCAGUUCGUCUGUCCACAAUUUCAACAGGAUAGGCAGAAUGAUAUGGGCCAUUGGAGUGACUGAACUGCGACUGCCUUGGGUGAACUAUUUUGACGAUUACCCCAUUUUGACACCUGGCGAGAUUUCUGCCUCAACUAUGGCUGCAGCAAAAGGAAUGUUGAAGCUCCUUGGAUUUGGCUUUGCCGAGAACAAACUGGAGCCUUUCGCAACAAGUGCAGAGGUUUUGGGAGUUGUCGUUGACUGCGGCCUGGUGAGUGAGGGCAAGCUUGUUUAUGCGAUGAAAGAGUCGAGGAGGCAGGAAGCUUUGAGUGCGAUCGAGGACAUCCUUGACAAAGGGGCUGUCACUCCUUGUUUGCUGCCGUCGGUCUUGGGACGGCUGCAAUUUGCGGAUGGGCAACUGGCUGGGAGAACAGGCAAAUUGGCUAUGGCAGACAUUCGAUCACUUGGGUUGCAUUCAAAAUCUAGUGUCAGUUUGGACAGUGAUGCGAGAGUUGCUUUGCAGAUGUUGAAGGAAAGAUUUAUGGACAACCGUCCGCGCACCAUAGUGUUGAACACCGAAGACUGCCCUUUACUUUUGUAUACUGAUGGGUCACACGAGCCAGGAGUGACAUCCGAAGUGGCAAUGAUUGGUGGAGUGCUAUUGGAUGGUACGGCACCGGCAAGGGUUUUUGGGAGCCAUGUCCCCAAGGACCUUCUGGCUCGAUGGCACAACGAAGGUAAAGAACACCUAAUUGGACAGGUUGAAAUGUACGCUGUUGCGGUGGCUAGGGAUGUUUGGAAGGAGCGGUUGCACAACCGGAGAGGCAUCAUUUUCAUCGACAACUGGCCUGUGUUGGAUUGCUACAUACCUGGAACAGCGAAACAAAAAACAUGGAGAGAAAUUUUGCUUAGCAUAGAGAGAGUUGACAAAGAAUUUCCAUCGCAGCUUUGGGCAACCCGAGUCCCAUCUGAGUCCAACAUUGCUGACCCGCCUAGCCGUGGCACUCUGGAACCUAUCAGAUUUUUGGGUCAGCUGCUGAUAGAUGAGCCGAAGUGUCCAAUGACUGGACAACCACUUGAGACAUGUCUUGGCUGA